UCACCUGGUGCAUGGUACUGAAAAUACCAAUUAAACACGGUGAAUAUCCUUCAUUGAUGGUUGACAUCCAACUUGGAUUGGAUUGUUGAUCCAGUUUCAAAGCAGUUAAAAUGUUGAACAACAGUUACAGCUACUCUGGAAAGGGACAUGGGUACAACCAGUCCCAAGGUGGUUUCACCUGCUUUCAAACCAGGGUGAACACAAAGAGCCGGGCUGCCCUUCAGAUUCUGCCGUGCACAGUGUCUCAGCUCUUGUCAGCCUCGGAAUCCAACAAUGUCUUUACAAUUGGAGACACUGAAAUUAACCAGGUAUCUCUGGUGGGUAUCAUAAGGAGAACUCUUUCUUCUAACACCAGCAUCUUAUACUCAAUGGAUGACAUGUCUGGGCCACCUAUGAAUGUAAAGCUGUGGGCAGACACUGAGAACCCAUAUGUGGAGGAGGCAAUGGUUCUUCCAGGAACAUAUGUGAAAGUCUCAGGAACCCUACGUACCUUUCAGGGUCGGAGGUCUUUAGUAGCCUCUAAUAUACGUCGUCUUCAAGACAUGAAUCAGAUCACUUCCCACAUGAUGGAGGUAGUGCAUGCCCACAUGCAACUCGGAGGCAUCGCUUAUCAUGUGAACCGGGUGGGUGAUAAGCUGAAUUCCAGUGCUGACUAUGCUGUGUCUGGGGUGAACCAGCGCAGCUUGGUUGGAGGACACUCUGCUGCCCACACAGAGACAUGUGGCUUAACCACCCGUCAGAACCAGGUUUUGAACAUGGUAAAGUGCUGCGUAGCCCGUGAAGGCAUCAGUUUACAGGACCUUUCGAGGAGACUUGGGUACCUUAGCAUGAGCGUUAUCAGGCUUGCUUUGAAGUUUCUGCUGAACGAAGGUCACGUAUUCUCUACUAUUGAUGAGGAGCACUUCAAGGCCAUAGAAAACAGUGGCUGAAGUAAUGAAGAAGAAAUUACGCAUGACAUAUCAGAAUACUUAUUUUAUUUUGUAUUAUAUUUAAGUUGUAAGGUCACUUAUGAUGUUUUGAUUCCUGAUUUAUAAUUGUUAUGCAAUGAAAGAAGCUGAAUCAUCAA